AUGGAUUUGCCGAGACCCGUCGUCAUGGAUUCCGAAGGCGAUGGCCUGAGAGCAGGCCGCAGCCUCCUCGGGCGUCUUUUGCUGGUUGGCAGCGCGCUAACGCCGGAGGGCAUGCUAAAUCUCGGCUGGAGUGCCUCUGAGUUCGACAGGCCUGUAGCCUCCCUGUCGGCGGAGCCGUUGAUUGACUUCCGGGGCCAACACAGAUAUGGGAAGGCUCAGUGCCCAGAAAAACCAGCGCGGCGCGUCCACUUCAAGGAACCCGAUAUCAUCGAAGUGCCCAGCUGGAAGGACGAGACCCGCCAGAUGUACUACAGAGCGCAGCUCGAGGAUGACAUUCUGGAAGAGUCAGUGAGGCUUCUGCUGCAGAGCGCUAAGCGAUUACUGUCCUCGCGUGUCGCAUUGGCAGCUGCCUCCGCAGCUGCAAUGACCGGCAUGGUUGCAGUGGGAUUUGUCAGCACGAUGCAGCAGUUUUGA